AUGGCGCCGAAGGGCAAGUCAGGCUUCUUCGGUGUGAGGCGGAAGCCCUCCGGCAACUGGUGUGUGGAGUUCUCCGACGCCGGAAGGCGUUGGUGGAUCGGCACGUACCCCUCCGCCCACGAGGCCGCGCAUGCCUAUGACAUGGUGGUGUGGCGUGCCGAGAGGCCUUGGUCGCACCUCAACUUUCCAGAGAUCGAGAGUCGGGCGGAAGAGGAGAUGCUUGUGCCGCAGGGCAUCAACAUGAAGGAGAUCACGACGACGAAGAAGAAGAAGAAGCCGUCGGUUGUCCUCAGUGUUGGCGAGACCGAUGAGGAGGCGAUGGCGAGGCCGAAUGUAUCUAGAGAAAAUCUAAAUUGA